AUGCCUCUCAAAUCAUCUGAACCAGAACCAUCUCCCCCUCCCUUUUCCCUCACGCUCUCCUCCCACAGAGAGAACUUUUAGGGCCAAAACACAUUGGCUGGAGGUGGUGAGUUUUCCGGCAUCCUAUGAGGAUUACAGGUCUCGACCCCUUUAGGGGUCGUCUUUGGCCUCAAUUGGUCCUGGCUUUGGCCAUAGUCCUUGUUUCAAGCAAUGUAGCUUCAGUCUCUGGAGAUGCUUAUCCUUACAGUUCUCCACCACCACCUUACGAGUACAAGUCACCUCCUCCACCUGCUCAUUCUCCACCACCACCUUACGAGUACAAGUCACCUCCUCCACCUGCUCAUUCUCCACCACCACCUUACGAGUACAAGUCACCUCCUCCACCUGCUCAUUCUCCACCACCCCCUUAUGAGUACAAGUCUCCUCCACCACCUGUCCACUCCCCACCACCACCUUAUGAGUACAAGUCACCUCCUCCACCUCCUUCGCAUUCACCAUCACCAUAUUACUACAAAUCACCACCACCACGGCCUCCAUACUAUUACAAAUCUCCACCUCCUCCCUCACCAUCACCUCCACCUCCUUACAUCUACAAGUCUCCACCCCCUCCUUCUAGUCCACCCCCGAAGCCUUACUACUACAAGUCUCCUCCACCGCCGGUUCACUCGCCUCCACCACCUUAUUACUACAAGUCUCCACCACCACCACCACCUCCUUAUGUCUACAAGUCUCCACCACCUCCUUCAAGUCCACCCCAAAAGCCAUACUACUACAAGUCUCCUCCACCACCGGUUCAUUCGCCUCCACCGCCUUAUUACUACAAGUCUCCACCACCCCCCUCGCCCUCACCUCCGCCUCCUUACUACUAUAAAUCUCCACCACCACCGUCACCACCACCACCACCACCUUACAUCUACAAGUCUCCACCACCUCCAUCUCCUCCUCCACCGGUGCACUCUCCACCACCACCUUACUAUUACAAAUCCCCGCCUCCACCGGUGCACUCGCCCCCUCCUCCAUAUGUGUAUAAGUCCCCGCCACCACCGUCCCCACCACCACCGGUGCACUCUCCACUGCCACCUUACUACUACAAAUCCCCACCACCACCAGUGCAUUCUCCCCCUCCUCCAUAUGAGUACAAGUCCCCACCACCACCAGUGCACUCUCUCCCACCACCUUACUACUACAAAUCCCCGCCUCCACCGGUGCACUCUCCCCCUCCUCCAUAUGUGUAUAAGUCACCACCACCUCCAAUGCAUUCUCCCCCUCCUCCAUAUGAGUACAAGUCCCCACCACCACCAGUGCACUCUCUCCCACCACCUUACUACUACAAAUCCCCGCCUCCACCGGUGCAUUCUCCCCCUCCUCCAUAUGAGUACAAGUCCCCACCACCACCGGUGCACUCUUCACUGCCACCUUACUACUACAAAUCCCCACCACCACCAGUGCAUUCUCCCCCUCCUCCAUAUGAGUACAAGUCCCCACCACCACCAGUGCACUCUCUCCCACCACCUUACUACUACAAAUCCCCGCCUCCACCGGUGCACUCUCCCCCUCCUCCAUAUGUGUAUAAGUCCCCACCACCUCCAGUGCAUUCUCUCCCUCCUCCAUAUGAGUACAAGUCCCCACCACCACCAGUGCACUCUCUCCCAUCACCUUACUAUUACAAAUCCCCGCCUCCACCGGUGCAUUCUCCCCCUCCUCCAUAUGAGUACAAGUCUCCACCACCACCGGUGCACUCUCAUCCACCACCAUAUGAAUACAAGUCCCCUCCACCACCGGUACACUCUCCUCCACCACCAUAUGAAUACAAGUCCCCACCACCACCGGUCCACUCUCCUCCACCUCCAUACGAGUAUAAGUCUCCUCCACCCCCAGUCCACUCUCCACCGCCACCAUAUGAGUAUAAGUCUCCGCCCCCUCCAGUUCACUCUCCCCCUCCUCCCUACUUCUACAAAUCACCUCCCCCACCUGAGAAAUCUCCACCACCUGUCUACAUUUAUGCAUCUCCUCCACCACCAAUUCACUACUAAGCUCGAGAAGACUAGCCUCAUAGCACACCAAUCAUAUGUUAGUUUCGAGAAUGCAAUAAGAGAAGACACAAUUAGAGAAAGAUAUAGGAACCAAGCUUCCAAUCCAAGUUCAUUCAAUAAGGAUCUGACUGCAACAUUUGAUUCCUAUAUACUUCAGUCAGAUCAGAUUGCUUCUACUUAUCUGGUGGCCCUGUUACACACUAUAAUCUUAUUAUAUUCAAGUUGGAGUGGCUUCAGAGGUUUACAUGAUGAGGAAAGUCGGAUUAGGAAGUGGGAUUCAAAGUGUCACUAGAAUUUGGAUGUGCAUGCUAGUCUGUCACGUUUAUUUAUUUAUUUUCAAAUUUUCACUCGGUUAUAUCCUAGAGGUUUCAUCUUGUCAUUUAAAAAUUGUAUAGAGUGUGGCCGUGUAUGAUUGGGUUUCCUACUUAUUAUGGUAAUUUGUUUGUUGGAACUUCUUGUGCUUUGUGCAAUGAAAUUAUUAUCAAUAAAGAAAUUAAGACAGACAUGCAA